GGACACAGCCCAGGCUGCCUUGAUCUGAGGGGUGGAGGGCUUCACGUCGGCGUGGGAACCGUGGAUAAAACACGAAAAAGGGAAAACAAACAAACAAACAACAAACCAACCUGCUUUUUUCCAAAGCGAGAGCGGAGGUCGGUGCUCAAAUCCUAAUUCAGUCAGCAGUCCCUCAGGCGAUGCGAGAUCCAAGGCACUAUGCCAGGGAAACGCACUGCGAAGAAGAGCCUGGUGCUAGAAGAAGAGUCUCCUGGAAGGAAGAAGAUUAAAGUCAGCCACCCAUCCCACCGCACACAGCCCGGCCUGGUGCUGACGCUGGGGCAGGGGGAUGUCGGCCAGCUGGGCCUGGGGGAGGAAGUGAUGGAGAGGAAGAAACCAGCCCUGGUGCCGCUGAUGGAGAUGAUGGUGCAGGUGGAAGCCGGAGGGAUGCACACGGUGUGCCUCAGCCAGACGGGAAAAAUUUACACCUUUGGCUGCAACGACGAGGGCGCCCUCGGGCGCGACACUUCGGCAGAAGGGUCAGAGACCACGCCGGGGCUGGUGGAGCUGCAGGAAAAGGUGGUGCAGGUCUCUGCAGGGGACAGUCACACAGCCGCGCUGACAGAGGACGGCAGGGUUUUUGUCUGGGGCUCUUUCCGGGAUAACAACGGCGUGAUUGGCUUGCUGGAACCCAUGAAGACGAGCUCCGUUCCUGUGCUGCUCCAGCUCAGCACACCCGUCAUUAAAAUUGUCUCAGGGAAUGACCACUUAGUGAUGCUGACGAUGGACGGUGAUCUCUUCACGUGCGGCUGCGGCGAGCAGGGCCAGCUGGGGAGAGUGCCGGCGCUUUUUGCCAACCGAGGAGGAAGGAAAGGGCUGCAGCGCCUGCUGGUCCCUCAGCGUGUCCCUGUCAGAGGCAAAGGCAACAGAGGCAAAAUGUGUUUCCAGGACGCCUUUUGCGGGGCUUACUUCACCUUUGCCAUCACGCAGGAGGGACACAUCUACGGAUUCGGCCUCUCCAACUACCACCAGCUGGGGACCCAGGGCACCGAGCCCUGCUUCUCCCCGCAGAACCUGACGUGCUUCAAGAACUCCACCAAAUCCUGGGUGGGGUUCUCCGGCGGGCAGCACCACACGGUCUGCGUCGACUCGGAGGGUAAAGCCUACAGCCUGGGCAGGGCAGAGUACGGCCGGCUGGGCCUCGGGGCAGGGGUGGAGGAGAAGAGCACGCCCACGGUCAUCCCGGAGCUGCCCAGCAUCUCUUCUGUCGCGUGCGGCGCGUCGGUCGGCUACGCCGUCAGCAGUGACGGACGAGCCUUCGCCUGGGGCAUGGGCACCAACUACCAGCUGGGCACAGGGGAGGAGGACGACGUCUGGAGCCCCGUGGAGAUGAAGGGCAAGCAGCUGGAAAACCGCAGGGUCCUGGCCGUGUCCAGCGGCGGGCAACACACGGUGCUGCUGGUCAAGGACACGGAGCAGAGUUGAUGAAGCGCCGCUGAGCCCAGUGGGGUCGCGGGACCCGUGCACACACCCCCCCACCUUCCGCCCAGGUCGGGUGACUGGUUUCCAGUUCUGGUCUCUCGCCGACGGCGGUGGGGAGGGCAGGAGGCUCCCGGAGCCGGGCCCCGGCAGCGUCUGUGUGGCUGGAGCAGGGCUCUUCAGGGAUGCUCGUGUUUUACUCCCUGCAAGCGUGUGUCUUGUCUUCCCGUGGUGUCCAGUGCUCUGUCAGCUCCCCCAGGUUGGCUUGGUCCUAAACUGAUCUCAGUACUGUGCCUGGAUGGGUUUUCCACUUCUUGUCUGAUCUUGUGUUUUUAAUAUUUCCCGGCCUGGCAAAGCUGAAGGCCUUCGUUUUCACAAAAGGGUUUGGGCGUCAGGCUGUCUGAGGUUCCUGUGUUUCCCCAUCUCUGGGUGCGCCUCCAUCCCCUUAACCUAAACAUGUUUUACCUCUCCAACUUGGAUUUGUCUGCUGCCACCCACCAAACCCCGCUGGGCUCGUUCUGGGGGAGAUCUCGGUCCAGCAGAAGCGCUCCCGGGGAACUCUCCCCUCGCACCCAACGCUUCUAGCCGGGGAGAUGCUGCUGGACGAUGCCCGGCCUGUGCUGUGCACAGAGCUGUGGCUGCUGGAAAAGGGGGGGGUCCUGCCUCCCACCCCUCACUGCUUACAGAUCUGAGCCAAACUCCCCCAGGCAGCGAGGCCGGGAGCCGGUUCCCCCGCUCCCUCCUCUCCAGCACGGCCGCUUCCAGCACUGAUUUUUGCAGUCCCAGCCACUCCUGCUCUUUCCCAUCGCCUUCAGAAACCCAACAAAAUCCAUCCCACGGGUGGGGACUUAGUUAUUUGAAUUUUUUUCUCUUUCCUUGGCUGAGGAAGGAGCUUCAUUUGCUGCUAGGGCCUCGCUGAGAAGACAACCAAAACGCAGCUAUGCAUCGGAUCGCUUGAAACAGUGGGACUCCCUCCUCCCCCGCGCCUCCGGUCUUGGUCCAACUGGUCUCGCUCCCUGUGCCCGGCCUGCCCCAGCUUCUCUUUCCGUGCUGCCUUCCAGGUACCUGGAUUGAGAAAGGGGGUCUGCGAAGAUUAAAUUUUAUAUGUUAAGUUAUAGCAAUAGGGGGAAGCGGGGGGUGUGUGCAGGGCGGGGAGCUGGGACUUGUACAAUGGCUCAGAAUAGGUUGAAUUUUUUUAAAAGAAAAUGUAUUUUGGUUGAUUGAGGAAGAGAGGAAAAAAACUGUAAUCUUUUAUCAUUUGGAAUAAACUGAGUUUUGCUAAA